AACGGACACCACUUCACUAUGCCACUAUUGAGAAAAACACCGACUGCGUUCUGCAUCUACUGCAAGGUGGAGCUAACCCAGAUCAAGGAGAUGAGUAUGGAAGGACACCACUCCACUAUGCCAGUCAGCGGGGUUAUAUCGAUUGUAUGCGGCAUCUACUGGACCACAAAGCCAAUCCAAACCAACGUGACAAGGAUAAAUGGACACCACUUCACGAUGCCACUCUUAAGAACAGACCCGACUGCGUUCUGCAUCUACUGCAAGCUGGAGCUAACCCAGAUCUAGGAGAUAAGUAUGGAAAGACACCACUUCACUAUGCCAGUGAGCGGGGUCAUACCAAGUGUAUGCAGUAUCUACUGGACAGCAAAGCAAAUCUAAACCAACGUGACAAGGAUGGCAACACUCCAUUGGACAUUGUGGCAAUGAAGGAUACACUGCAUGUUUUGAAGUAUCUAUUCCCCUACGUAGAUGAGACAACAAAGCAUCAAUGUCUGUCACUAUUUGUACAAGCUUUCAACAAGUCUGCUGAUGAUUUCCCACCACCAACACAGGACGGCAUCUUGGAUUGCAUAGUUGGUGUGCACAUUAGUCACGGAGACAAGGAUGCUUGUACUGAGUUACUCGCGAGACUAUCCAACCAUGUUUUAUUGGCGCUCACCCAGAAAGCCAUAACCACUCGGAACCAAUUACCUCCACCGCUUCUGCAAGUUUCACUGAACAGGAUCCGCCGGAAAACUAACCAGCAAUCUCCACUGGUUGUUCGACUUCUGGGUCACCCUGGCGGAGGAAAGUCAUCCCUUCUGGAAUCGAUUCUACACCGUCGCCGUUUCCUUGGCAAAGUCGUGAAUUUCUUCCGCGGCGACCAAUGUGACACGAUACUGGCCUCCAGGACAAGAGGUAUGCGACGUUACUUGGAUGCCUACGGUACGAUAUACCUCGACCUUGGAGGUCAGUAUCGUUUCAUGUCACAACAUCAGCGACUGACGAAAUUCUCCGACGUCUGGGCUCUCAAUCUGCUCACGGUGUCGGGCAUGGAGUCCAUCGUGAACAUGAGACGCUGGAUCCGCACCUGGGCAGAUUUUAUUGCCUGCAGCUGCGCAGAGGGCACAACCACUCGCAACAAAGCUCUUAUUGUUGUGACACGCCGGGACCGACUAUCCAAGGAGCAAAUGACCGCCAUUGAGAAGGAGUGUGCAACGCUGCAGAAAAUCUUAGGCGUGCAUCUGGAAUUCCUGGAUGAACCGAUCCCAUUCGUCAAUGCCAUCAGCGAGACAUGUGAAGGUGUGGCUGCAUUGAGAGAAUUGGUCCAACGACACAAGGAAAAGGUGCAACAAGCAUCUGGACCUGAUUCGGAGGUGGUUGUGUCCAUUUCGGAGGCACACCUGGAGAAUGUUCGUGAUCAAUGCAGAGACAGUCCUGCUAUCAGCACCAACCAGUUUAUGGAAUUCCUGGCUGGAGCAAUUGCUCGCUUUGAUUACAACUGCGGUGACUCUUCAAUACCAGUUGUACUGAAAGCGCUGAAGGAAGUCCUGGAUGUCAACAUGGAGCUGUUCAACCUCCAUCAGAAAGCGCUGGUAUUCUAUUUUCCAGAUGCCAAGCUGGUGGUUGUUCAACCUCUAUGGUUGAUGAGUGACAUCACAGGGAAGUUCUACUCCCCAAGUUCAUAUCCUCCACCAAUCAUUGUCUGUGAUGAGUUUGGAUUCGCUUCACGCAGCCAUGUCAUUGAAGUACUGGCUAAAGAUUCACCGGUGCGUGGUGAAGACGCUCUCGACAUUGCUGUACGCCUAGGUAUGUGUCACGUAACCGAGGAUGGUGAGCAAGUCAUGAUUCUUCCUGCACAGGCUGAAUCACGCACUAGUCUGCACUGGGAGAAAGCCAACCCCGACCAGCACAUCUACUACACUGGUCGCCGUCUCUACUGUAAGUCUGGCAUCCCUGUCAGCGCAGCGUUGAUGCCCACCAUACAAAUGUCACUCGUCAACUCCUUCGCCAACAGGACACGCAAGUUUCCUGUUUGGCAGGGAGGUGUUUGUGUUUCGCUAUCUCAGUACGGGUACACGGACACACUGGUGGAGAUCCCACACGGUCAACUCGCGCUCAACAUCAUAACCAGAGGGCCCGACCAGCGUAGCGUGACUUCUCAGCAGGAAAUUGUCUGGGAUCACAUCUCUGCUCUUCCUUGCCAACAAUCUCCUGGUUCUGACAUGUCAACGGCGUUCGUUGAUGAUGGGUGCCUGCCGAGUAGCGAUCUUCUGCGACAGCGGGAUCAGCAAGGAGACCUGAAUGCUACCAUGGAGUUCCUUGCCAGUGAGCGACUGCGUGCUCAGUUUGUCAUGCCUGAUGAGCGGGAGCCCGACACAAGAAAAAAUCAUCCAUAUGCUGUGUCUGCAAGCUGCUUUAAUGCAGAUACGGUUGAGGAACGCCGCAGAGCCGCACGUCUUUGCUCGGCCUUCUACCAGCAUCGCAUUCUCCUACGCCACGACUUUCCACUACGUGAUUGUCUUCUCAAACUGAACGAAUGUGGACAGGUGAAUACAUCCUUCCUGGAUGACGUGGACGAUUGUUUGCGGAAACACCAGACCAAGAUGGCUGCCGAUCUGUUUCGAGGGUCGAUUUCCGACUUGCCUGACAGCGUGGUGCUAACCCUUGUGGAUGAAGUCCUUCCCAAGAUAGCCAGUGCCAAAGAUCUGUAUCAGGCAAUGCUGGAGUGUCCAGGUCGGGUCCCCUGCACUGUCAGCCCUAGUGAUAGCCACAGCACGACUGCUGCUUCUGAUCACGUCGCCAGACCAGCAACUGACGAGUACAAUCCCUGGGACCAUCCAGAUUUCUGCCUGGACAAGUACCGAAGAUGGAUUAUCUCACUGAACUCCAGAGCGUUCCGCGACAAAGCCAUAGCACGGAUGCUUCUUGCAGACAACCUGGAUAUCAGGCACUUCAUUGAGCUAGAGAGACGUGAGGGCUCAAAUGUACACAACGAGGAACUGCUGAAGCACCUGCAGGGGUCUGGGCGUGCAUCGUUCAUUAUCUUCUUGGACAUCAUCACAGACAUGAACUCACUCUUCGCAUUCAAGCGUACUGAGUUUGAGGCUCUCCUUGAUCGGCCAUGAUGCCUCUGUUGUCAUGACUACCCAGGCGAUGUUUCUCUGGGAUCUUCCGCUACUGCUGACUUCCAGUUGUCCAUUCGAUCUGUAUCGAUCGUCUCCACUUGGACCUACUCUGUGAAGUAUAGGUCCAGGAUGGAUAGAUGAAAAGCUGAUGUAUUAUGAUUUCCUGCAUGUAGUUUAUAGCCGCGUUUCAACAGACGUUUCUCCAGCUCGUUCUCUUUGGUUUCACUGUCCUUGAUGUCUUCCUGAUGAGAACAUAUUUCCGGCAACAUGUAUUCUGUUUUCUCUGGCAAGUGCCACAGUUGUGCAUUGCUGUUCACUGUCCACAAGUUCAUGAUGAUGAUGAUGAUGUCAUGCCCAUAGUGAUGAUGUCAUGCACUAAACCAUGCAUUUAUGCCCAUAGUGAUGAUGUCAUGCACUAAUCCAUGCUUUCAUGCCCAUAGUGAUGAUGUCAUGCCCCAUAGUGAUGAUGUCAUACCCAUAGUGAUGAUGUCAUGCACUAAUCCAUGCUUUCAUGCCCAUAGUGAUGGUGUCAUGCACUAAUCCAUGCUUUCAUGCCCAUAAUGAUGAUGUCAUGCACUAAUCCAUGCUUUCAUACCCAUAGUGAUGAUGUCAUGCCCACAUCGUUGAGCAAUGUACACUCCUUAUCUAUUUUGCUAGUAUUAGUCAAAUCCCAAAUGGAACUCUACAUUUUGUAUUCACUCACUCUUGUCUUGUAUUACCAGCUCAGUCCACUGGACGGUGAGCACUCUGAACAGCCUGAUGUUGCACUCAUGCACAUAGAAACUUGUAAUUAUACCUAUUUCUGAAGUACUCAAUCUGCGGACAGAACUGUUUCGUCCUGAAGUAUGUACAUGAUUGUAUUUAGCACAUAGACACCUGUACUUCCACACAUGUAUUUUACAUACCUAGUGUUUCAUCCCUCCGCCCUUCUGUUGAUUCCCUACUAUCCCCCUCUGGCCGCUAAUGAGCCCUGGGAUUGAUAUUCUAUGUCACUGGCAGUUGAUUAUAUUAUUGGCCCAGUCAAUGCUGGAGAGCCAGUCUGUAUCUUCUGUUAGCUCUGUUAAAUAGUCAUUGCCUUUACCACAUUCUCAGGGACUAAUGUAGUCAGGGCGGCUUGCCCGAUGAAAUCAUCCUGUCGUGGGAGUCAAGUUUU